AUGAAAGGAAACUUUACACAAAACCCAGCCUAUUUCCAACUAACACUCUUUGCAGAUUAUGGACGUCUUCGAUAUCUGUUUUUUACUCUCUGUUUGUUGAUCUAUAUAAUGAUAAUCUCUGCUAACAUGGUCAUUAUAAUCACUAUUAUGUUAGAAAGAUCUUUGCACCAGCCAAUGUUUAUCUUUAUCUGCUGUUUAUCUGUGAACUCUCUGUACGGCUCUGCUGGAUUCUUCCCCAGGUUUUUGGUCGAUCUUUUGUCUGAUUCUCAUCUCGUCUCACGACCUUGCUGUUUUACUCAAAUAUAUGUAAUUUACACAUAUGCUUCAUAUGAGUUUACAAUACUUGGAGUCAUGGCUUACGACAGGUUUGUGGCCAUCUGUCAGCCUCUGCAUUAUCACACUAAAAUAACCAUAAGGAAAGCAGUGUUUCUGUGGGGAAUUGCUGUUGUUUAUCCUGCCUUUGCAAUAGGUUACGGCGUUUCUUUGAGUGUUCAGUUACCUCUGUGUGGAAAUAAACUGCCCAGGAUUUUCUGCUCAAACUGGCCUGUGGUUAAAAAAUCUUGUGUGGACACGACACAUAACAAUGCAGUGGGUCAGUUUGUGACUGUUACUACGAUCUUUAUCCCUCUGCUGUUUGUGCUGUUCUCAUAUGUGCAAAUUCUCAUUGUGUGUAAAACAGCCAGCGCUGAACUGAGAGGCAAAGCUUUGCAAACCUGCGUUCCACAUUUAGUGACUUUUGUCACAUAUUCUUUCUCAGUUUUUCUGGAGCUGUCACUGACACGAUUUGACACAAACAAAAUCAACCCAAUAGUCACAGCUGUUUUAUCUUUGGAGUAUCUAAUGGUGCCUUCAAUUAAUAACCCUCUUAUCUACGGACUCAAGCUGCCACAGAUCAGAGCAGCAGUUUACCAGCGAUUUAAAAUAAAAACAUUUGCAUUUGUGAGGUUUUAUUUCGGCAGAAGGGGCUACACCAGGCUCAGACUGCACAGGGUGCAGCUCCAGACAGCCUGGGUGCCAGGUAAUACCAGACGAUACCUGGACCUUGUACGGAUGGUGGUGAUGAACCUCAAAUCAGGUGCAGGCAGGGGUGGUCCUGUGGCUGCGCCCCCUCCUGGGCAGGAGGCUUGGACAGACUGA